UAAUGGGUUUUGCGUCUACAAAAAAAUGAAUCUAACGUAAAUUAAUAAAACCACAUCGCAAAACUUUCGUACCAAUCCGUGCCACGUGAGCGAAAAACAUCCGAUGAGACCACAAAAAGGUGCUAUUUCCAUGCAGGUUCCGCGAUAGACACACCGAAACGCGGUUCGCUCGUUUCCAUGGCAACUAAUGACAAACAGUCACAGACGGCCAGGACUCCUGAGAAUGUUCCAAUGUAUGACGAGACCGUGGUGGUAGACGCUAGCGAGAUCGACAGCCCCUCGAGCGACGAGGAAGUGGUCAGAGCUACUAUGGCCAAGUUCAAUCCCCCGGUGAGACACACAGCGCGACACGACUUCGAUUCUGACAGUCAAAGCGAUUCGGGAUCUGACAACUUCUUGGGUAACACGUCCUUAGAAGAUAAGGUACCAGACAAGAAGCCGCUUGUGCCCGAGAAAGCGAAUGAUGUCCAGAAAAACGUUACGAAGGUUACCAAGGCAGGCAGCGAGAGACCCAAAGCGUCCUCCAAACGUAAUGAUUCUUCUAAUUCUGAAACAGAUAGCGGAGAAAUGGAACGCGAGCGACCCGACCCCCUGAUAGGCAGCGGUCGCAAGCGAGGCGGCGUCGUGAUACCAGCUGAAGGCGCGUACGAUCCCAAGCUGUAUCAGGAUCUGAAGGUUCCGCCUGAAAUGGAAAACAUCUUUCAGUAUAUUAUGAAAUACACACCGCAGAAGAUAGACAUUGACUUCAAGCUGCAACCGUUUGUGCCGGAAUAUGUGCCGGCUGUUGGUGACAUUGACGCCUUCCUAAAGGUGACGACGCCGGCGUGCGACGUGCGAGGGGGCCAGCUAGCCGAACAAGUACUCGAACACAUCGACAACUUGGGGCUGACGGUACUGGACGAGCCGUCGGCCGAACAAAGCGACUCGGCGCUUUUACACUUGCAGCUGAGGGCUAUAUCGAAGACGAAUCAUUCUAAAACCACCGUGUUGACGAAGAAGAUUGACAAUCCGGAGAGCAAUCCCAAAGCGAUCGACCGUUGGAUCAAGGACGUGGCUGAGCUGCACCUCUCGAAGCCAGCGCCCACGGUCUCCUAUACCAGCAAGAUGCCGGACAUAGACACUCUGAUGGAGGAGUGGCCGGAGUCGAUGGAGGAGGCGCUGAACGAGGUCGGCUUCCCCUCGGCCUCGUUGGACUGCAGCUUGUCCCAGUACUGCGAGCUGGUCUGCGGGAUGUUUGACGUGCCGGUGGUGGGGAGCGGUGCACCCGGCCGCAUCCAGGCUGUGCACCAGCUGUUCACGCUGUACUGCGCCGUCAAGCACUCGCAGCUCUACGCCGAUAGGAUUAAGGAGACAAGUGAAGGAGUUUCAUAGUAAUAGCGAUCGAAUUCAGUGUAAGUGUCUAGGAACUGAACAAUUAAAACAUUAAAUUGCUUCA